AUGGUCCUCACGCACGCUCUUUUUGCUGCAGUUGCGGCUUCUGUGCCUCUGGCAUCUGCGCACAUUGCCUUCUGGGACCUCAGCAUGUACGGCUUCAACGUCACCGCCGAAACCUUCUCGUACGACAACCGUCCCGUUGCCCCGCUACAAGACAUGACUUUCGACCAAUGGUGGGCGCACGGACACCUCGACUUCCCCCCGCACCCGGACGACAUCUUCGAGCUCCCUGCGGGCGGGGCGGCGACAGCGCAGCUCACGUGCAACAAGGGCCUCACCUCCUUCUUCGCCUCCUCCGAGGGCCGGACCGACGUCCGCGAGGGCGAGAACCCGUGCCCGGGCGACACGGUCCCGAGCGGGGCGCUGCACACGACCGGGUUCGACGACCUGACCGGGUGCGCGCUCGCGAUCGCGUACGAGAGCGACGUGCGGAAGAUACAGCCGGAGGACUUUGCGGUGUUCAGCGUGAACCACACGUGCGUGUGGACGACGCACACGGAGUUUCAGGUGCCGGAGCGGAUGCCAGAAUGUCCGGAUGGAAAAUGCCACUGCGCGUGGUUCUGGAUCCAUGCGCCUGACGGCGGCAGCGAGCAGAACUACAUGAACGUCUUCCAGUGUAACGUUACCGGAUCGAAGUCGGACGUCGCUCUGGCAGAACCUAAGGUGCCCCGCCGCUGCGGCGCGGAUCCCAACUUCGGGAAGCCCGAGGCGGUCCCCGGCAACUGCACGUACGGCGCGAAGCAGCCCUUCUACUGGUUCCAGAAGGAGCGCAACAACAUGUUCGAGGGCACCUUUGCCCCGCCAUUCUACACCGACCUAACGACAUCUUCCUGGACGGAUGGCAUCCCGGACCCGAGCCCCGAGCAGACGGUCGUCCCCACCCUGGUACUGAACCCGACUGCGCCCGCGACCGCGACCGCGUCGUCGAUCCCGGCGAGCACGACCACGAGCAGCGCGUUGCCGCGUCCUUCGCGCCGCUCUCGCUCGAGCGACGGCAAGUUUGGACCGCAGCUCCUGCGGGAGUACCACGAGCGGAUGAAGAACAGGAAGAGCGCUGGCGUGAACGUCGGCUCGCACCUCCUCCGCGCACGCAAAUCGCACCUCAACCGCGACGCGGCGUGGGACGGGUACUAG